AUGCAACUCACACCGCUAAUGUGCCUGUGCCUGUGCGCCGCGGGUGUGACCGUGCUGAAAGGAACGGCAACCGCUGCCCCGGACUCAACCCUCAGUCAUCCCGCAGCUGUCGACAUCGUCAAGGGUAUCUCGGAGGCCUGUGCCGAAGCUGCGCGCGGCGAGAUUGAGCGGCAGCUGAUCGCAGCGCGAAACCAGAGCCUGGCAGACACGAGCUCAGCGCAGCAGCAGACCGUGCAGGAGACCCUCGCCGCCCUUCAGAGAAUCCUGCAGGAGAUCUGGAGGGGCCGGUGCUGCGCGCAGGAGUCGCCGGCCGCCGCCAGGACGCCGGAAGACGGCGAGUGUCCGUUUGGCUGGAGUCGUCAUAAGAACAGCUGCUAUUUCGUCACCCUGCAGAAGACGUCCUGGUACCUGGCGCACCACUCGUGCGCCAGUCAGCAGCGGGGGGCCCGUCUGGCGUCGGUGCGCCUCGACUCCAGUCAGUUCAUCGAAGCUCUGGGCGCCCCCGACGUGUGGCUGGACCUGGUUCGUCUUAACGACGACGGGGUGUUCGUGUGGAGCGACGCCUCACCACUGGACUACACCAAUUGGUCACAAGAUCAGCCCAACAACAUGAACAAAAAUGAGAACUGCGGCCUCAUGGAACUGAAGUGA